CGAGCCCCUCCCGCUGGGCGCCCCAAAGGGGUCCAGCCUGGGGGGCGGGGGCCGUGGCCGCUGAGGAUGGGGAAAUCCAACAGCAAGUUGAAGCCUGAAGUUGUGGAGGAGCUGACCAGGAAAACCUACUUUACCGAGAAGGAAGUCCAGCAGUGGUACAAAGGCUUCAUCAAGGACUGCCCCAGUGGGCAGCUGGAUGCAGCGGGCUUCCAGAAGAUCUACAAGCAGUUCUUCCCCUUUGGAGACCCCACCAAGUUCGCCACAUUUGUUUUCAAUGUCUUUGACGAAAACAAGGAUGGGCGGAUUGAGUUCUCUGAGUUCAUCCAGGCACUGUCAGUGACCUCAAGGGGAACCCUGGACGAGAAGCUGCGGUGGGCCUUCAAGCUCUAUGACCUGGAUAACGACGGCUACAUCACCCGAAACGAGAUGCUGGACAUCGUGGAUGCCAUCUACCAGAUGGUGGGGAACACUGUGGAGCUUCCCGAGGAGGAAAACACCCCUGAGAAGAGGGUAGAUCGGAUCUUUGCUAUGAUGGACAAGAAUGCCGACGGGAAGCUGACGCUACAGGAGUUCCAGGAAGGGUCCAAGGCUGACCCAUCUAUCGUGCAGGCGCUGUCCCUCUAUGAUGGGCUGGUAUAGUCCAGGGUCCAGAGCUGGGAUGCCUGGGAACCACUUGCCUCCUCUCGUGCCAUGAGGCCACCUCAGCCCCGACCUCACCCUCACGUGUGUCCACCCCACCUUUCUCCACAUCCACACUCUGCAGGGCUGCACUUGAACCCUGAGGCCCCAGCUCUCCUUCCCCCUGCCCUGCACCCACCCGCUGCCUGAAGCCACUGGCUCCACUUGCCAACAACCUCUGCUUGUCCGGGAUAAAAACCACAAAACAAAACAGCCCUCUGCAAAACCAAGGACUCGGCAGCCUCCCAGGCAGCCUCUCUGUUCCUCCUGCUCUUUUGCGCGUGUGCUUUUGUUUAUUUUUAUUUUUUAUUUCAAACAGACAUUUAACAAGAAAAAUAAAACAACUCUCUUCUGUCCUAGAAGAUAUGGACUGACAGAUGGGGUGAAGGCUUUGGGGACCUCAGAGAACUCUGCCUCCUCCUGCCUCCUCCUCUGGGAAGUCCUGGCCUCCACCUUAGGUGGGCUCAGGAGAGCUGAGGGGGGGCACCUGACUAAUGUUACUUUUCGUCUCAUCCUUUAGCUGCAAAACCACCUGCGUGGCUCGGAUGAUUAAUUAUUAUGAUUAUUUUUUGUGAUAACAGUAUUGUGCUUUUUGUGGUAAAAGUGAAGGGUUUUUUUUAACAUGUACAUAUGUAAUUGAUAUCUUUUAUUUAUUGGUUAACUGUUGCUGCUGCCUCGUGUGUCCAAAGCUCCCUGGGAUGCGGGGCCUACUGUUUACAUGUGCACAUCCCCCCCCACCCCCGCCCACACCUGCUUGGGAGGAUGGUGGCCUGCAGCGGCCAACAAGCCAAAAAAAGAUUUUUUCUUUUCUUUUCAGAUACUGUGCUUGAUGCUUUGAUAGGGGAAAGGUGGUAAUUCUUAAAUGGCUAAUACACUGUUCCCUCCA